AUGAUCAGUAACGAAAGUGAUAGUGAUUCUGAACUAAGUUCAUUGUUUUCUUCCGAUGGAGCCACUGAAUAUAUCCCAACUUCGGAUAGCGAUGAUUCUUCAUCUUGUGAACAAGACUACCACGAACUACAAGAAGACAUGGCGAUAGAUGCAGCUUGUGAGUCGUCUACUGUCGAACAGAAUAUGGACGAGGUAUUUGAACAUUUCAAUAAUGAAGUUGAAAUCGAGGUCGUCAAUGGAAAUAUGGAUGUUUUUCAAGAACUAGAGAUUCCUUUUACUGUUGAACAAAAUAAUGAUGGGGAACCUGAAAAUGAAAUCAAUGGGGUUAACCUUGAAAACAACGACCAGAACAGUGAAUUACCCUAUGUAGAUACUAAUGUAGAGUUUGUUGUUAAUUCUAUCCACAAUCAUUACGAGGCUGUUGAAGGGUUAUGGAAGGACACAAAUAAUGCGCCACAGCAGUUUGAGUUUACUGGCCAAGAGAAAGUAAACAUAGAAACAACAGAUCCAAUUGCCAUAUUUAGCUCUAUUUUUGACGACGCCCUCAUGGAUAAGAUCGUGGCAUGGACUAACAAAAGAGCUGCAACAUCUCGAGGGGAACCCCUGCCAAAAUAUGCAGCACUGAACAGAUGGACUGAUGUUACCAGAGAAGAACUAAAAACGUUCUUAGGCCUAACCAUACUUAUGGGUAAUGUAGACAUCCCCACAUUAAAACACUAUUGGUCGAAAGAUCCACUGUAUGAACACCCGAUAUUCGGCAGUACAAUGGCUCGCAACAGAUAUGAGAGUAUUUUACAGUGUUUAUGUUUUUAUGAUCGGGAUACAGAUCCCACCAACCACAAAAUGCACAAAAUUGAUCAGGUACUAAAUCAUGUUUUGGAAAACUGUAACAAAGUUUACAGUCCUGGGAAAAACUUAUCCCUUGACGAAGCAAUGGUCUUGUUUCGCGGACGCCUAUCGUUUCGCCAGUACAUAAAAAACAAAGCCCACAAGUACGGAAUAAAGCUUUAUGAACUUUGCACUUCCGACGGCUAUAUUCUCAAUAUAAUUAUUUAUCAAGGGAAAGGCACACUGACAAACGAAGAGAAGGGUCACACCUAUCAAGUUGUAAUGAAGCUCAUGGAAAACUACUUACACAAAGGCCAUGCUGUGUUUUUGGACAAUUUUUAUAAUAGUGUUGAUUUGGCUGAAACCCUUUUGGAGCACCAAACGAACAUGUGCGGGACCCUGCAGGCUGACAGGUCUGCUAAUCCGCAGGUUGUGGUGCAGGCCAAGCUGAAGAAGGGAGAGUAUAUUAGUCGACAAAAGGGUGACGUGACAGUAAUGAAGUGGAGAGACAAGAGAAACGUGCUAACCAUUUCCACAACAAAUGGUCCAGAGAUGGAGAAUGUCACAAACAGAAGAGGCGUGGUGAUAAAGAAGCCAUCAAUGAUUGUAGCCUAUAAUAAAGGUAUGAGUGGCAUUGACAGAAGCGACCAGAUGCUAUCUUAUUACUCAACUCCACGCAAGUCCCUUCGCUGGUACGUGAAGAUAUUUCUCCAUUUGUUGGACGUAUCACUUUGGAAUAGUGUUUAUCUCUUUUCUAAGCUUAACGGAAAGAUGACAUACCUUAGCUACAGGGACAUCAUUAUUAAACACUUCCUUCAAGUGGAGCCAGUAAAACGUCCUCUUCGCACUAGCAUCUCAUCAGCAGUGUCCCAACAUUUGCCUAUGAAAUUGGAAAAAAGAGUAAGGUGCUACGUUUGCAGGUCAAAACAUAGCAAGAGGACCGAUACAUUUUACAUCUGCAACGUUUGUAAAGACCCUAAGGAGAAGGCGUUGGGAUUCUGCAUCUCUCCAUGUUUUAGGGAACACCACGGCAACUAA